AUCAAUUGGAAAUAUUUAUUCCUAUAUUCUUAUUUUUAAACUUUAUAAUUUUAUUUGCAAAACACAGUCAAAAAUUAUAAUUUUCAAUAAAUUAUUUGAGAGUUGUUUCAGCUAGCAGUUUAUGUUCCUUGAUCAUGGCGUAGUAAACAUUCACCGUGUUUUCAAUAAAAUGUAUAUCAAAUCCAUUGUUAUCGUACUGUUAUAAAUAUCUCGUAAUAUACGUUCAAUUAUCCAAGUUGUCUAUUGUGUCUGCACCAUAGAGUACAAAUUUCAAAAUGGAGGUAAUACAGAAUCGAAGUAUUAAAGGCAAUAAUGGUACAGAUAGGAAAGCAGAUGACGCUAACAAUGAAGUGUCUUCCACAUCAAGUGAUGAACAGUUAAGUCGUGGUGUAGUGAGGAAAUAUAAGAAUUUCCAUAAAUCUCCCUAUGAGACUGCUACAUCUGAUAAUGAAUCUUCUAAACCCAGAAGCAGAUCACUACAAUCCAGGAGUCACUAUAAAAGCAUGGGUAACAUUAAUGAUAACAGUUAUCAUGGGAGAGAUUACAACAAAAAUGUAAACAAGGUACAAAAUAGCGUAAGUACAAUAGAUCUAAGUCUGCACAGGGAAGAGAUUAAGAAAUUUGAAUCCCUACAAAUACCAAUAGUAGGUUAUGAAGUUAUGGAGGAACGAGCAAAGUUUACAAUUUAUAAGCUCAAAGUUGAAGAUGACAAACGUGACCAAUCCUGGCUCGUUUUCCGUAGAUAUACGGACUUUGUUAGACUAUAUUCUAGAAUCAGAAGUGAGCUACCAAAUAUAAUACUACCAUUGCCAGGGAAGAGAUGGUUCAGGGAUAACUUUGACACUGCAUUCUUAGAAGAACGAGUGAGAGGUUUGCAGAUCUUUGUAAAUGCAAUAUUGAGUAAACUUCCUAACCAUGCAACGGUUAGAGAGUUCUUCUGCUUGGAUGAACCUCCUCAAGUGUUCACCUACCAACCGGAGGUCCAAGCAGUGUAUGGUGCAUUAGAGGAUUCAAUAACGACCCUAAAAAUUAAACUAAAACAGAAAGACGCAACGAUUGUGCAUUUACAGAAUCGUAUCGCACAAUUAGAGCUGCAAUCGAAGAAUUGUCCUAACUGUAGUUCAAAUAUAAAUUGUAUCUAAAAAUAGUAAUGUAAGGAAGUAUUUAUAUUUGGUUAUUUUAUUAUUGUACAAAUGUAUACAGAAUGAAGCAUUCUGAUAAGGAAGCCUUGUUAUAAACUCAAAUAAUUUCUACUGAUUGUCUUUUACAAACAUUUUAUACUGGAUGACAUUAAAAAUAUUUAAGUCAGGAACCAUACUCCAGAAUAUUAAAGGAUAAUACUAAAGGAAUACUUUAUAACUGAUUUGUUGAACUCUUAAAUGUAUAUAUAAAUGUAGUCGAUGCUAGAUCUCCCAGCGACUUAUGCACACCUAGUAUUCCAAACAAAUAAUAGAUUCUUUUUUAUUCACACACAAAAAUGUUACCACUAAGGUGAUGACCUGACAAAUUGUAUUUGUGACAAUGGAUCCAUUAUGAAUAAACAUCCCUCGCUCCUUGUCAAUUUAUGAAUUUCAAAGAUCUGUAAUUCCAUAGAAGAUUAUUGUCUUCUGUGAAUAAAUAUAAAAAAAACCAAAAGAGUACAAAUAAAAUUAACUUAAAUAAAAACAAUUUACGGGUUUAGUCUUAAAGGGUAUAGCUGAAAACGCUGUGGAAUACGAACUACUUUGGAAAAGAAAAUGGAAAUCAGGAAUUGUCAUUUACAGCCGAUUUAGUCUUUGGCAGCAUGAUUUGUUGAAGGUUUCAAACAUUAUUUCUCCCUUUGAUAGAGACUAUCACUAGCAUUCAUCCUUUAAGACUAACCCUGCAUAGAUAAACUAUACUUAAUACAAGAAUCUCUUCCAUCUCUCUUUCUCU